AUGACAAACAGUUCUAUCUUCUGCCCAGUUCACACAGAUCUGGAGCCAUUCACAUAUUUUUUUUAUUUAGUGUUCCUUGUUGGAAUUAUUGGAAGUGGUUUUGCAACCUGGGCUUUUAUACAGAAUAACACAAAUCACAGGUGUGUAAGCAUAUACUUAAUUAAUUUGCUUACGGCUGAUUUCCUGCUGACUCUGGCAUUACCAGUAAAAAUCGUUGUCGACUUGGGCGUGGCACCCUGGAAGCUGAAGAUUUUCCACUGCCAAGUGACAGCCUGCCUCAUCUACAUUAAUAUGUACUUAUCAAUUAUCUUCUUAGCAUUUGUCAGCAUUGAUCGCUAUCUUCAGUUGACACACAGCUCCAAGAUUUAUCGGAUCCAAGAACCUGGAUUUGCCAAAAUGGUAUCGACCGUGGUGUGGCUAAUGGUCCUUCUUAUAACAGUGCCCAACAUGAUGAUUCCCAUCAGAGACAUCGAGGAGAAGCCAAAUGUGGGAUGCAUGGAAUUCAAAAGGCAUUUUGGCAGAAAUUGGCAUUUGCUGACAAAUUUCAUAUGUGUGGCAAUAUUUUUAAAUUUCUCAGCCAUCAUUUUAAUAUCUAACUGCCUUGUAAUUCGACAGCUCUACAGAAACAAAGAUAAUGAAAAUUAUCCAUAUGUGAAAAAAGCCCUCAUCAACAUCCUUUUAGUGACUACAGGCUACAUCACAUGUUUUGUCCCAUAUCACAUUGUCCGAAUCCCAUACACCCUGAGCCAGACAGAGGUAAUAUCUGACUGCCCAACCAGGAUUUCACUAUUCAAAGCCAAAGAGGCCACACUGCUCCUUGCCGUGUCAAACCUGUGUUUUGAUCCGAUCUUGUACUAUCACCUCUCAAAAGCAUUCCGCUUAACAGUCACCAAGACUUUUGCUUCACGUAAGGAGACCAAGGCUCCAAAAGAAAAAUCAAAUGGUGAAAACAGUGCAUAA